UUUCGUUUCGUCUUCGUCUUCUUCUUCGUUCCACGCUCGAUCAUCAGGGGAUGAUCAUUGGCUAGGAGAUUUGAAUCAAUCUAUAGAGCAAUGUCGAGUUUUAACCUAAAAGUAGAUGUAAAUCAGAACGGGGAUGUCAAGAAGGCGGCUGAUACACUGGACGAUAUUAAUGACAUUGAUUUCUCCAAGUUGCUAGAGAAGCCAAGGCCGUUGAAUAUAGAGAGACUGAGAUCACUUGAUGAAAGGUCUCUUACUGAGUUAUCUGGAUCACCGCAGCUUAGAAACGCGGAUAAUGCUUCCUCUCGGGUUCAUGAUCACGCUGAUUAUGUGGUUACACCGAGUGUGGGUAGGAGGUCUGGAUUCAACACUCCUCGGUCAUUUCAUGGAUUUGAGUCUCAUCCUAUGGUGGGAGAGGCUUGGGAUGCUUUGAGAAGGUCUAUGGUGUACUUCCGUGGUCAACCUGUUGGGACUAUUGCUGCUGUGGAUAACUCUGAAGAGAAACUCAACUAUGAUCAGGUGUUUGUGAGAGACUUUGUACCAAGUGCUUUGGCAUUUUUGAUGAACGGUGAACCAGAUAUAGUGAGAAACUUUCUUUUGAAGACUCUUCGUCUUCAAUCAUGGGAGAAAAAGAUUGAUAGAUUCCAGCUUGGUGAAGGAGUUAUGCCUGCUAGCUUCAAAGUUUUCCAUGAUCCUGUUAGAAACCAUGAAACUUUGAUUGCUGAUUUUGGUGAGAGCGCUAUUGGGAGAGUAGCGCCUGUUGAUUCUGGAUUCUGGUGGAUUAUUCUGCUCAGAGCAUACACAAAAUCUACGGGAGACUCUUCUCUUGCUGACAUGCCUGAAUGCCAGAAGGGUAUACGUUUGAUACUAAGCCUUUGUCUCUCUGAGGGAUUUGAUACUUUUCCCACUCUCUUAUGUGCUGAUGGAUGCUGUAUGAUUGAUCGUAGGAUGGGAGUUUAUGGUUACCCGAUAGAGAUUCAAGCCCUCUUCUUUAUGGCCUUAAGGUGUGCACUGCUCGUACUUAAACAUGAUGGAGAAGGUAAAGAAAUGGUGGAGCAGAUAGUGAAGCGACUUCAUGCAUUGAGCUACCACAUGAGGAAUUACUUUUGGCUAGACUUGAAGCAGCUUAAUGACAUCUACCGAUACAAAACAGAGGAAUACUCUCACACUGCUGUCAACAAGUUCAACGUUAUCCCUGAUUCUCUUCCAGAAUGGGUCUUCGACUUUAUGCCAUCUCACGGGGGGUUUUUUAUCGGCAACGUUAGCCCCGCAAGAAUGGAUUUCCGUUGGUUUGCGUUGGGAAAUUGUAUAGCCAUAUUGUCUUCCAUGGCUACUCCUGAACAGUCAACAGCAAUUAUGGAUCUCAUAGAAUCUCGCUGGGAAGAGUUGGUUGGAGAAAUGCCACUGAAAGUUUGCUACCCUGCAAUAGAAAGUCAUGAAUGGAGAAUAGUUACUGGUUGUGACCCCAAAAACACCCGAUGGAGUUACCACAAUGGAGGGUCCUGGCCAGUGCUGCUAUGGCUAUUGACGGCUGCUUGUAUCAAAACUGGUCGGCCUCAAAUAGCAAGACGAGCGAUUGAAGUAGCUGAGGCGAGGCUUCAUAAAGACAAUUGGCCUGAAUACUAUGAUGGAAAGCAAGGGAGAUACGUGGGGAAGCAGGCACGUAAAUGCCAGACCUGGUCAAUCGCCGGAUACUUAGUAGCCAAGAUGAUGCUGGAAGAUCCAUCACAUGUCGGUAUGAUUUCUCUUGAGGAAGACAAACAAAUGAAACCCGUUAUGAGAAGAUCCAACUCCUGGACUUGUUGAAGUUUCAUCAUCUUCGUCAAGGUAACGUUAGCAAGAGAUGAGCUAAAAAGAAACUUCAAUGACUCUUCUUUCGUUUCUCAAUUUGCACAUUUUACGUUUUGUUUUGUUUUGCUUUGUGAAAUAUUUUUAGACUAUGACACAUAUAAGCA